AUGAAGCUCCAAGUCACCGUUCCAUUGGCUGUUCUUCUCAGCGUGUGCACUAGCGCUCCUAUCUUACAGCCGCGGCUCGGAAUAAUUGCAAGUAACAGCAACGAGGUCUUGCGUGUGAAUGGAAUCACCCUUGCUGGCGUUGGCAUGGGCCAAGCACAGGGAGCACCUUUUCUAUCACCAUUCCUAAUCCAGACGCAGCCUGAAAUCCUGCUGCCUCCCCAGUUUCUGAACUUUGGCCCCCAGCUGCCGGGACCCUUCCUACCACCACAGCAGAACCAAAUGCCCCAAGUAUUGCUGCCUCCCAAUCAGCAGGAACAGCAGACAGCUCUUAACCCCAACAACCCCCCACUGAACCAGAAUCCUGUCCAGGCCUUCCCGUAUUAUCUCACCUACGGUUUCCCUCCAAGGAACCCAAUAGUUCCACCUCCAAGGAACCCACUACUUCCACCCAACCAAAAAACAGCCUCACAGAACUCAGUGAGGCCAACUCCAGCACCCCCACAGCCUGCGCAGGAUCCUGCUUUCUCCUUUUUUGAGCCAUAG